AUUUAAUGUUUCCAGAGAAAUUGUUAUGCCGGGAUCAGCUUUGCGUGCUGGGUAUCUGCAAUUCACAUGUGAAUCGCAAAACAUAAGAUAAGGGGACGACACGAGAAGACCUGUUCCUCACGCCCAUUCAACUUUGAUUUCGCAAUAACAUCUACAUCUUACCAUACUUCCGAAACCGGUUCAAUCGUGUUCAGAACUCAGCCUCACACCCAACACCCAGUACAGAGAUUUCAGCAGUGUUUUCAAGAUACCUCAUCAAAUGGCGCCACACCGCCGCUCAAUACUCAUCACAGGAUGCACGAAGGGUAGCGCGGGCCACGCUCUCGCUCUCGAAUUUGCCUCGCAUGGGAUGCGAGUUUUUGCCACGGCUAGAUCCCUUUCAUCGCUUGAGGGACUCGAAGAACACGGAAUCGAGACACUUACAUUAGAUGUCACCGACUCGAAAAGUAUAGCAGCCUUGAAGGUGGAGAUCGAAACACGUACCGGAGGCAAGCUCGAUAUUUUAUUCAACAAUGCGGGCUCAAUGUACGAAGCACCUGCCAUUGAAGCCGACCCUAGCCGCGUUCGUAAAAUGUUCGAUGCCAACGUAUUCGGUGUCUUCGAGAUGGUAACAGCGUUUACACCACUGCUCAUGGCUGCAGACCCAGAUAAAUCUCGGCCCCCAACAAUCAUCAAUACCGCCUCAGUACUCGCAGUUAUUCCUUACCCUUUCUCAUCCGCUUACAACGCAACCAAAGCAGCUGUUGCAGCUUAUUCAGACUCGCUCCGACUUGAGCUCGCUCCUUUUGGCAUCAAAGUAGUGACUUUGUACAUGGGUGUGGUCUCAACAGGCAUUUCCAGUCCAGAAGCGAUCAAGUUCAGUCCAGAGAGCUUCUAUAUCGAGGCUGAGGCAGGUGUAAGGAAAAGAAGCCGAGAUCACCAAGUUUCUGGUAUGAAAGCAGACCGUUUCGCGAAAGAAGUGGCGAAAGAGAUUCUCACUGCAAAGCCCGGUUACGGGAAGGGUGAGUACAUUUGGAAAGGUUCCAAUGCUUUUCUAGUCUGGCUGCUACAUGCGGUCGGUUGGAGGAAGAUUUUUGAUAAGUCUUCAGAAGACGAAGUUGGCUUUACUGUCGCGAUCAAGAAGUCUAUUGCCCAGAAAACACCGAAGUCUAGUCAUUGAAUGGACUGAUUUCUCAUCUUAUUUGUCUCUAUCCAUUAGUACAAUCUUUG